AUGACAACAACUAUAACUAUUUCAACGAAGGAUUUGUUAAGGUUAGGAUACUAUACAAUCAAGUCCCAAAACCUCUUGUUGCAGCAAGCUGUGGCCAAGCUGAACAGUGAAACCGAGAGUUCUUCGUUCAUCAUUCUUGACCUUUAUGCCUCGUUUACGCCAGUUUUCAAGAACAAAGCAGACCAUCUAGGAAGCAUAAAGUUUAAGAAGCCACUGAAGUCGUGUUGUGUUGGACAAAGUGAUUCAGAUUGGUGUGGUCGUAGGUAUGAUAUGGACGGGAGCCCUAUGUAUACCGUCUGUGAGCGUAACUCUGCUUUCUUUUGGGACGACGCUCACCCUUCCCAGCAGGGCUGGACCGCUGUGUAUUCCAACUUGCAAGCUACGCUUCAGCAACUCUACUAA